AUGACCAACACCACCAAGGUGAGGGAAUUUCUGCUGCUGGGAUCCUCGGAGGUCCGGGAGCUGCGGCUGGCCCAGGCCGCGCUGUUCCUCCCGGUCUACCUGGCGGCCCUGACGGGGAAUCUCCUCGUCGUCGCCGUCACCCUCCUCGACCGCCGCCUCCGCGCCCCCAUGUACUUCUUCCUCGGGCACCUGUCCGUCCUCGACCUCUGCCUCGUCUCCGUCACCGUCCCCCAGUCCGUCCACAACUCCCUGGUCAACGGCAGAGCCAUCUCUCUACGGGGCUGUGUGGCUCAGGUCUUUUCUGUGAUUUCAAUAGCCGCCUCCGAGCUGUCCAUCCUCACGGCCAUGUCCCACGACCGCUACGCGGCCGUCUGCCGCCCCCUGCGCUACGGGGCCAUCGUGGACCGAGGGGCCUGCGGGAAGAUGGCGGCCGCCUCCUGGCUCGGCGGGGGCCUGUUCGGGGCGAUGUACACAGCCGGGACGGUGACGCUGAGCUUCUGUGGCUCUAACCUGAUCCAGCAGUUCUUGUGCGACGUCCCUUCGUCGCUGAAGAUCUCCUGUUCCGAAACGCACGUCGUCAUCGCCGUCAGCGAGGCCACCGCCUUUAGCCUGGCUUUCGUCGCCUUCGUCUUCAUCGUGGUCUCGUACGCGCGCAUCUUCGGGGCCGUGCUGAGGAUGCCGGCCGCCGAGGGCCGGGCCGGAGCCUUCUCCACCUGCCUGCCCCGCCUCGCCGGCGUGACUUUAUUCGUGGCCAACGCUGCCUUUGUCUAUCUCAAACCCCUGUCUGACCCUCCCUCAGCCCAGGACCUGCUGGUGUCCGUGUUCUACGCCGCGGUGCCCCCCGCUCUGAACCCCGUCAUCUACAGCCUGAGGAACCGAGACAUGAAGACCACCCUGAGGAGAAUGAUAGCGGGGAAAUGCCUCUAA